UAACAAUUCACAUGCGCCUUGUCUGCUGCCAUCAUACGAUAUCUAAAUUAUCCAGUGUCAGUGGCGGUGCGAGUAAUUCGACGUCGGAGUACGUGGAUCGGCGCGGUUUGCGCGUUCAACUAACUAAGAGAUAUUUUGUUGGUUAAAAACACUUAAUUAACACAACUUUAGAACAAGCCAAGUGCAAAUGUACGAGUGUGUAGAAAAAGCACAACGAAACAAGUACACACAUACAUACAUACACACAUAACUAAGUCCACAUGCAGCCUAAAGACAAAAAGCAUCUAAUAAAAGUACAACAGCAGCAGCAACAACAUUAACAAUAACAAUAGCAAUAAUAGCAAAAUAUUGAUAAACAAUUUUUAUAUAGAAAUUUUGUAAUUUUCGUAUAAAAGUGUAUUCGAAAAUGUCGCGCACACAUUUCUCUAAUAAACACCGUCUAGCAAUGACUGGCGCAGUGGUGGCGUUGAUUUUUUUCAUUUUUUGUUUGCUCAGUACAAACGUUUUCACAUUUGUAGCGAUAGACAAAGCCGAUGCUGAUACUUUGCAAUUAUUACAUGUGGUUUUUCGACAUGGCCCACGUACACCAGCUGAUACGUAUCCAAAUGAUCCACACAUCAAUCAGACAUUCUAUCCCUUCGGCUGGGGUCACAUAACUAAUAAUGGCAAACGUGAACUAUUUGGCAUGGGAACGUGGCUGCGCAAGCGUUAUGGAGACUUUUUGGCGCCUCACUAUAGCCCAGACGCGGUGUAUGCUCAGGCAACGGGUGUUCCACGCACACACAUGACUCUACAGACGGUGAUGGCGAGCUUCUUUCCACCGCGCAAUACACCCAUGGAGUGGAACGCGAAGUAUAAUUGGCAGCCGGUGCCGAUAUUUUCGCAACCGCUCAAUGAAGAUUCGUUACUAUUGGUGCGCACACCUUGCCCGCGCUACUUUGAGGCUUUGAGCGAAGUUUUGGAAUCCCCUGUGGUAAAAGCCGAAAUCGAGCCAUACACCGGUAUGCUCGCUGAAUUGUCGGCACUAAGCGGUUUAAAUAUAACUACGCCCGAGGAUGUGCAGUCGCUCUACUUGACAUUACUGGCUGAGCAAGAAUUCGGCCUACAACUACCUCAAUGGACGGCAAGUUACUACCCCGAACGUAUGCAAUUCCUUACUGACCAAAGUUAUGUCUAUAAUGUCUAUACGCCCGAAAUGCAAAAAAUAAAAGCUGGACCAUUUUUGAAGAAAAUGUUCGUAGAAAUGUUAGAGAAGCGUGAUGGCAAACUUAAGCCGAGUGACAGAAAAUUAUUCAUAUAUACUGGACACGAUACGACAGUGGUAAAUAUUUUGGCGAGCUUAAAAAUAUGGCAGCGGCAAUUGCCACGCUAUUCCGUUAUGACGAUGUUUGAAUUACACAAAAACCAGACAAGCGGAGAGUAUUAUGUAGAGAUUUAUUUUCGGAGCAAUGCAAAAGCGCCAAUUGAGAAGCUUACUAUACCCGGCUGUGAUUUUCAAUGCCCUUUAGAUAAAUUGAUCGAAUUAAGUGCAGAUGUUGUGCCAACAGACGCAGACAAUGAUCGUUGCCUCUCGAAGAAUGAAGGUUACACAGAGCCGCCGCUCAAAGGACCUUAAGUGAUUCUGAUAGUAUUUUUUCUACUUUAAGCUUAAGAAACUUUUAUUUAUUUUACAAAAGUGUACAUAUACAUAUAUAUAUUUUUUUUAGAAAUAAGUAUUAAGAAAAAGGACAUGUUUUAUAUGUGGAAUAAAAUAAUUUAUAAAAAAAUUAUUUAUAAAAAUGAACUAAAUUAAUG